AUGGAAAGUCAUCUGCCAGUUGACCUUGUUAUUGAUAUCUUGUCUAGAGUCUCUGCAAAGUCUAUAGAUAGGUUUCGUUGCGUAUCCAAAUUAUGGGAAUCCAUACUUGGCCAUCCUCAUUUUAAGGAGCUUUUCCUGACUCAGUCGUUAGCUCGUCCACGGCUCUUGUUCACCUUCAAAGCUAACGAAGAGUUAUUUGUUUUCUCUUCGCCUCAACCUCAAAAUCCACGUGAAAACUCUACUCUUGUAGCCACCCCUUAUAAGUGUUUUCCAAAAUAUUUCCCAACUGAUAGAUGUACCUCACACCGUAGACUGGUCUUUCUCCAGAGAGGGAAAACAGGGCGGGUGGUUUUUAACCCGGUUACGGGGGAGUCCAUAACCUUACCCAAAGUGAAAGCGACAGGUAUUAAAAUAAGCUAUCUUGGCUUUGAUCCCAUCAGCAAACAGUUCAAAGUGUUGUGUAUGACUCGGUCACGUUAUGGAACACCCGAUACUCAUCGGAUUUUGACAUUAAUGGAGACAGGAAAAGGACGUCAUCUAUGGAGGACGAUCCAAGACUCAAGAAAUUGCUAUGUUUUCACGGGUGAUCUUGGAAUAUGCAUAAAUGGUAUUUUGUAUUACAAUACCUAUAUUCUAGGUGGCUAUUUUAAGAUAGGUUGCUUCGACUUUAGGCUUGAGAAAUUCGGCUUUAUUAAAUAUGAUAAAGACAUGAAACCUUUGAUGUUAACUUUGUUCAACUACAAAGGUAAAUUAGGUGUACAUCAAAAGUUGAUGGGUGAAAGAAAAUCUAUCUUGUGGGUUCUAGAAGAAGAUGCUGCUGGAGAACAUAUAUGGUCCAAACAACGUAUAUGCAUACUACCAUCCAUUGUCUACCCCCACAAAUUUGUUGGGAUGACCGGUACUGGAGAGAUUGUCUUUUCGCCGCACACGUGCUGCUACCCUUUCUACCUUUUCUUCUACAAUAUCGAGAGCAGUACUGCUACAAGAAUCCAUUUUCAUGGAUUUGAAGAGCUUAAACAUCAUCCAACUUCCGUUCUGACCAGUUUAGACUUUGUAGAGGAUGUCCAAGCUAAGUGGGUUCAAACUUCAAAGUCUUCAUAACUUGAGACUUUACAUUUUGAUUUUCAAGCUCUUUAUGAUUUUCUUGUUCCUCUUUAAGAUUGUU